AUCUAAAUUCAAAAGAGUAUGCGAUAGAAUUGUGAUAAAGAAAAUGACUCAGUCGAAAGAAGUAGCAGAAGAGUUGUACGAGUGUUAUACGAAAACUGCUACAAAUAUAGUUUUAUACUUUCAAGAUAAGGAGAAGAUAAUUGAUGAUUUGAAAGAUGUGGUACAAAAGAACUGUGAAAUAGAUAUUAAAUUAAGUAUGAUUCAAGAAAUAAAGGAAGAUAUCUUAAAUCAGUAUAAUGAUAGUAAUAUUACAGAAAAAAGUAUACAGAAAAUUAUCAAGGAUUAUGAGAAAGCUGUGUCUAAAAUGAAUAUUAAUAUAUCCAUAAAUGAAAGACUAUUAGAAUUUAAUAAACAAUUGGAAGCAUUAUUGAAUGAUGUAAACAAAAAUCAGGAUUCUGAAAGAAGUAACAAUGAUGAAGAAUUACAAUUGUCAGGUUCUAUAAAUGUAAUAGAUCCUAUCUCAAAAAUGAGGAUAAAAGAUCCAAUAAAAAAUAUUAUAUGUGGACAUACUUAUGAUCGUGAAAAUGUCAUGGCUUUGUUAAAAGUAAAUAAAAAAACAAGAUGUCCCAUGGUUGGAUGCAAGAAUAAGGAGUAUAUAGACAUAGCCAAUCUUCAAACAGACGUUGUAAUGAAAGUAUAUCUUCAAAGGAAUCCUGUUUAAUAUUGACAUUAAAUUAUUUUUUCUAGAUUUACUGAAAAUGUGAAUAUUACAAAUAUAAAUAAAUCACAA